UUCACGUUCGUGUGGCGCGAAACGACAGCUGGAAAGCCCUACACCGGCACAGGAACUGAUGAUGACCCAUUCAUGCUGGGCAUGACAUCGAAGCGACCGCUUCAAGUUGCCACCCGUGAUCCCAGCACCUUGGUGCUGCACGUGGACGCGACAUUCAAGUUGUCG